UAUGCAAACUCAGAUGCGUGCAGUUGUAUUGGAAGGGCCAGGUUAAGAAGCUGUGGUUAAGGAAAUCCCAAUUCCCACACCUUAAUCAGGCUAAGUUUUGAUCAAGGUAGACUCUGCUCCAAUCAAUCCUUCAGACAUAGCUUUUUUGCAUGGAGCAUAUUCAAGUGGUAAAUAGUUUCCAUGUGUUCCUGGUUUCGAAGGUUCCGGUACUGUUAUUGCUAAUGGGUAUAAUUGAAUGCAAUAAUUUAGUGGUGGUAUUAUGGGAUGGAGAUUAGUAGGAAAAAGAGUGGCUUUCUAUUCACAAUCUUAAUUCGGAACAUAUGGUGAAUAUAGUGUGGCAGACGCUUUGGGUUGCUUAGAAUUAGAUAAUGAUAUCACAUUAUAAGAGGCUUGUUGUUCAUUUGUUAAUCCUUUGACAGUGAUUUCAAUGUUAGAAGUAGCAAAAGAACAUAAAACUCAAGCUGUUGUUCACACAGCAGCUGCUUCUUAAUUAGGAAGAAUGAUGAUUAGACACUUUCAAGCUAAUGGUGUUAGAGUUAUUAAUAUCAUCAGAAGAGAUGCUUAAGUAGAUAUGUUGAAAAAAGAAGGCGCAGAUAUCAUAUUAAAUUAAUCAGAUGCUGAUUUCUUAGAGAAGUUAAAAAAUGUUACCUAGACUUUAAGGUAUGCAUUCCAUAUUAUGAAAAUAGAGCAACAGUCUUCUUUGAUGCCUUGGGAGGAGAAUUAACUGGUCAGAUUCUUGAAGCAAUGCCUAACCAUUCAACAUGUUAUGUUUAUGGAGGAUUGAGUUUGAAGCCUGUUGGAAAUGUCUCCAUUAUGGAUUUGAUUUUCAAAGACAAAAAAGUUAUUGGGUUUUGGUUAACAUAAUAUCUAAAAACCAAAAACAUAAUUAGUUAAGCUUUAUUGUUGAAAUAAUUAAAAGGAUUACUAAAAACUAAUCUUAAAACUAUUGUGGCUAAAACAGUUGAUGUUUCUGAAUUUAAGGAAGGCUUAGAAUAUUACAAGAAAAAUAUGAGUGAAGGUAAGGUAUUAAUUAGAUACGAGAAAAAUCAAUAAUCAAUAUAGUAAUAAUGAAUAUAUCACAU